AUGGCGACAAGCCAGCCCAUGGGCUCAAUCUUCUCGACAUCGUUGUCGCCCUGCUUUGUGCGGUUGUCUGAUAUGGGCUGGAUCGGAUUUGGGGCCUUUGUUGUGUCUGCCACGUACAUCCUGUACAAGCACCCUCCAUACUCUUGGGAUUUCGGACCAUGGCGUUGCGCCCAGCAGCCCGGCGCGGCAGCCCUUGCGCCCAAACCAUCAGGCGCCAGAAAGACGCCAGAACAUUCAUUCCUGCAGGAUGAACUGGAUCUAGACUCCGUGGCGCAGGACUCUCGGGGAGCUGAAAUUGAAUCGACGGAAACCACCCCGAAGGUUUCUGCGAUCGCGACCCCGCUUAGCCUCAACGUCCCUACAUUGAACCUAGAUGAAACUUCAACAUCAAGUGUUCCCGAUGCUCAGCCGGCAUCGCUCCAGCCUCCGAAGGUGCUAUCACCACCUCUCCUAAACACACCCACCAUCGAAACCCGCCCGCAGGCCCUGCCCCCCCCAGCCAAACCCUCCGGCCUCAUGCCUCCUCCACCUCGGCCGUCCGCCCGUGUUCCAUUGCGCCCUCCACCCUCCGCAGCUUCGUCUCUUCGUGCCCCGCCGUCUCGCACACCAGCAGGCAGCAAGCUGUCUAGCAGCACGCUUUCGCCUCUGGGCCUAGCAGGCAAACCUCAGAAAUCUUCGCGACAAGUCACCCUUGAACCCGGCCAUUCCCCUUUGGAUUGGGCGGCGUUAACUUCAGAUCCGCGAAAUAAUCUUCGCGGCAAGGAUCUACCUCCGAGUCUCAUUCGGGUGACACCAUCCAUGUUGAAGUUGCACAACGGAAGGAAGGGGUACGAUGCCUGGACAUCGUAUCAAGGAAAGGUAUACAAUAUCACCCCCUACCUGCCGUUUCAUCCCGGUGGAAAAGGAGAGCUUUUGAGGGGUGCUGGAAAGGACUCGGGGAGGCUCUUUCUAGAAGUGCACCCCUGGGUUAACUGGGAUGGAAUGCUGAGCGAGUGCGUAGUGGGCAUUUUGGUCAGUGAACAUGAUCCUGAAGACCGCACCGGAGCAUUGGAUGAAAUGGAUUAA